CUAACUGUUUUAAGUUAAUCAGUCACUCAGUCAUUGCUGGAUUAAAUAUAAAAUACGUUGACGGGAGAUUUUCAUCUUUUAGCAACAUCUCCACCUAGUGGGCAAUGGUCAAAAGUCCAUCACCCAGCUAACGACAGAGUAAAAAGUGUAGUUUUGAGCAGCAAAAACAAAAGGCCUUUUGGUAGAAGUGCAGAGAUCGACCCAGAGGGACGUUACUGUUAUAAGGCCAUGUUGUACACGAGGAAAUAAAACGUUGCUAAAAGAACGAUGAAUAUUGCACAUGAGAAAAAUAAAAUAUUUUUUGCGCUUUAAACAAAUUAACUAAAGAGGUUUGUACAACAUGAGAGAAAAUAACAGUAUAAAAACAUUUUAGUGAAAUAUUGUAAAUCCGGUGCUUUUAUUUUGAUAGUGUGAGGCAUGGCCGGGGUUUCUGCGAAGAGGUGUACUUGAAUGAGUGGGUGUAUUUGAGGGUGACAAUGAAUGAAUUCGGUUUUUACUUAUAAGACCGAGUCUUGUGCUUAUCCUUUAUUUUAUCACAGAGCUGAUCAAUAGAUUAGGUUCGUUCCUGAACGUCACAUCUCUCGUCUCCCUGACGUGGUGACGCUGACAAUGAAAGACCAGACGACACUGUAGUACGGUAACUAUGCUGAAAUGUGUCAUAAACGCGCUCUUUGUCGGAGUACAGGUGACGCGUUGGUGUACUUCAUGAUAAGUUUUAUUGUGUACCACACCUAUGUGUAACUUACUGCCGGCGGUACAGCAGAUGUAAUGUUACUGCGGAAUAACAAAUCAAACAUGGCCGCCCUUCAGUCCAAAAUAAAUCGACCACCUGGUGCGUUCACGGACAUUUCGAUCGAGCCGCUGAACUGAAUGUGGAUCUUCACCACGGCCGCCAUCUUGUAGAGAAAGAAGAGGUCGUUAAGAUGGAGUGGAGUGGAGAUGACGACGACGACGACAACUCCUGUGGGACUGAGGACAGUGACGAUUGGAUGGUUGACACAACACAUUUGAAGAGUGAAAGACCUAAAAUAAACUUCAGUGAUGUAAGAGCUGACCAGCAGUUCAUUGAUAAAGAAGAAUGCCCUCACACUAAGCAGGGAAAAAGUGAACUAUACAUCAAAGAGAAGGAGGCUGGUACCACUGUCCCAAACAUAACGACUGAAGAAGAGAAAGACAGACAUAAUUCAAUACAGCUCCUUCAUCAGAGCCCCCCAGGGAAGAACCAAGAAGACCUCUGGGCACCAGAAUCAUCCAGGAACUUGAAUCAAGAUGGAGAUUUAAGACAAACUUCUAAAGAUGACUCCUGUGUGGCUGAAAACAAUGAUGGGCUGCUGUUGCUGAUUAAACAAGAAGUUUCCCCUGAGCACCAGAACUGGAAGACCAUUGCGGAUCAGAAGAAGACAGAGUGGUUUCAGGUUAAAGAAGAAAGGGAGGAACUGCACAUCCCACAGGAUGGGACUGAUGGCGCUGUUGAGACUGUGAAGAUCAAUGGAGAUGAAGAAGAACCGCAAUCCUCAAAACCAUAUGGUUGUUCUCAGUGUGGACAAAGAUUCAGGCAAAGCUUUAAUCUAAAAGCACAUAUGACUAUUCACACAGGAGAGAAACCAUUUAGUUGUUCCCAUUGUGGUAAAAGAUUUAGGCAGAGCUUCAAUUUAAAGGCACAUUUGACUAUUCAUACUGGAGAAAAACCAUUUAGUUGUUCCCAGUGUAGCAAAACAUUUAGGCUCAAAUCUCAUCUGAAGACACAUGAACAAUUUCACACAGGAGGGAAACCAUUUUGUUGUUCUCUGUGUGGUAAAAGGUUUGGGUACAAAUCUCAUCUGAGUAAACAUGAGAAAAUACAUACAGGAGAGAAACCAUUUAGUUGUUCCAAGUGUGGAAAAAAAUUUAUCUGUAUGGGAAGUCUGAGGACGCAUGGGACAGUUCAUACAGGAGAGAAACCAUUCAGUUGCUCUGAAUGUGGGAGGAUGUUUCGGCUCAAAUCUCACCUGAAGACUCAUGAGACAAUUCAUACAAAAGAGAAAAUAUAUAGUUCUCAGUGUGGUGGCACAUUCAGGCUCAAAUCGAAUUUGAGAAAACAUGAAGAAAAUUAUACCAAGGAGAAACCCUAUAGUUGUUUUGAGUGUGGUAGAAGAUUUCAGGAAAACAGAACUUUGAGGAGACACGAGAAAAUUCAUUCAGAAGAAAAACCAUUUAAUUGUUCUGAGUGUGGCAAAAGAUUUCAGCGAAUAGAUGAUCUGAAGAAUCAUGAGAGAAUUCACACAGGUGAGAAACCUUUUGUUUGUGCUGAGUGUGGUAAAAGAUUUAGACACUGCAACAGUGCUAGGAGGCAUGAGAAAAUUCACAUUGGCAAGAAACCCUAUGUAUGCUCCAAGUGUGGCAAAUAUUUUCGGUAUGUUGGCAAUCUAAGGAAACAUGAAAAAAUGCACACAGGUGACUAACCCGUCACUUGGUGUUUAUGUGCGAUUAAGGAUUUCUGCAAAACUUGGUUAGGUGGAUUGCGGCAAAAUUAUUGCAGGCAAGAAACCACACAAUUGCUCUGAGUCUUAACGGUUUCCACAAGAGUUCAGUCUGAGUUUGAAGGAAAUUGUCAAAUCAAGAAAUUAGUACAGGAACAAAACAUCAAGGUGGAGAACAGAUGACCACUGCAAAUGAUGUCAGCAAAUGGGUUGAGUAUAAGAUGGAAUGGAUGCCAUGACGAACCAAAAAGGUUCACUUAAGGCGUAAAAUUCAUGCAGGCCUAUAACAUAAAAGUGUUUUGAGUUGAAGUAGAGUUGAAUUACAGUUACUGACUAUAAUUCUGCACAAAAUAGUUCACCUCGGAAAGAAACUCUUGCCAGUGUGAAUUUUUGUCAUUCAGAUUGUACUUAAACAUUUCAGCAAAUGGUUACCCUGAGGAAACACGAGAAAAUCCAUCGUGUGAAGAAAGAUUGGUACAUCUACAUUAGUGGGAGCCUAAUGAAAGGUAAAAAAGGAAAACGUGAAAAACAAAUUUAUUUCUGUUAAAGGGAAUGUUUUGGAGAAUUGAACAAAAGUGGCAGUCAACCAAUCAUAUCAGAGAAAAGAAGGGGAAAGAGAGAAGUUUGAUGCUGUGUGUGUUACAAGGCUUUUAAAAAGGUUUUUUCUUUACUUAUUUAUUUUUAUCAAACUUGGUGAUGAUGUUAUUUUAAUAAAACAGAAUAGGUAACAAGGUAACACUGUUUUACUGACCAACUGAACUGUUUCUGUUGUUGUUGCUUUGUGAACUUAAAUGACAAAGUGUGCAACAUUAUUGAUGGAAUUAUAUUGACGCUUUGAACAGGUUUGAUUUGAGCUGCAGAGCAGAGAAGUCAAACGUUGUCAGGGUCACGUCUGUCAGUCUACAGACUGCUCACAUACAUACGUCCACCUGGGCUGGACUCUGGGACAUACGUCAAUAUGGUAGUCUUCAUCUAACAUGGCGGAGCAUGCUGCGUACACCAUGACCAGGAGCAUUUGUUUGAUGACCAGGUCAAUGGCAUCAGUGUCACAGACUGUGACCCAUGUCACUGGGUCGCUGGUUAGAUCCCUGGUCUGUCUGUCCACAGUUCUACAGGUUCUCCAGUUUCCAAACUCGGGUUAUUGUCGUGAACAGAAAGAUUAAGGAGCAAAAACUAAUGUUUCAUGAGCUGUUUGUGCAAAAUGUGAACGUACAAGCACAUUUUCAGGUUGUGACCGAGUCCAAAGUGAGUCAUAGUGCUGCAUGAAUAAUGUCAGAGAAUGGACUGAUGAGUGAUUUUUACCAGUGGAGCAGAAAUAGUUUAUGUGAGGAGUCCAGAAGAAGCUGUUCUUCUCUGCAUGUGCACGUUGAUGGAUUCUGUGACAGAUCUAAAUCUGGUUCUGGUUCUGCCCUCUGCCUUUCCUGCUGGGGUUCGCUGCCUUUCAAGAAGCUGCUCCAAACCAUGGAGUCAAUAAACAGGAACCAAGAAAACUUCAGAACCUUCUCCCACACGUCCAGUUGAAUCUUCGUGCCACGUUGUGCCUCAGCCAAAGUGAUAUAGGGUUGGAUUCUUGUGUCAUGUGACUCCUCUCAGUUGCCCCUCACUGGUGCACCUGCUCGUCACAGAUACCUCAUUCGUGAAAACCAGUACGUAACAUCCUGACAUCUUCCCGUUCCUGCCUCCUGAUUUGCUGGCGUUGGCAGAUUUCUGCUCCAUUGCAGCAGAGGUUGAUGCGGUUUGGCUGUCCAGCAUUGUUUGUUUCCAGAGUCCACUGAGACCUGGGAGGAGAUGGGGGGUGGAGGUGGGGGGGGUCACUGCCAUGGCUUCUAUGAAUAAACACUGUGGGAUGAUGAUGAAUGUAUGAAUCUAAAACUGGAGUUGAGGAACACCUGACUAGAGGAAUCCAGCUGCUGCUGCCUCAGCAUCCAGACACAGGAGGCAGAAAAACCAAGAUUCUUAUUGGACAACAGUGUUGCUGUGUUAUUCUACUGACUGCUGGACGUUUUCAGAGAGAUAAGAAAGGUCUUUGUACAUAUAUAUUGUAUGUAUAAAAUCCCAAAUCUCUGUCUGCUCUCUUCUUCAGUGGUGUCUCUAUCAGAGAAUUCUAGAUCAGAACCAGUUGAUGAGCUUCAAUCAUCUGAACAGGUUUCCAUUCAAGUUUGGUCAAAAAUGUGAGGUUUGCUCUGAUUUGAAAAUGCUUCAUUAAAACUCUGACCAAGUCAAAGGUCACAAAGGUCACACAGCUCAACACUUGACAAAGAUAUGAUGAUGAAACUGGUCAGAGCUGUUGGAGACACAGAGACCAGUCUGAACAGCAGAGUCUUUGGACAGAUUUCUGACUGGUUUAGUUUAAACUGUUCUCCAGUCUGGAUCUGUUUGAACCAACUUCUCUCUCCAGUUCCUGACCCUCAGAUGUUGACCACUGCUGUACAAGUGUCAGAUAGAAUCAACUGUUCAUUAGUAAGAUAUCUGCCUGCUCUGUGCCUGGCAGGAAAUGCUUAGUCAUUCACUCUGACUCAUCUAACCCCUGGUUGGGGGGUAAAGGGGGGCUUUUCGGCUUCAUUUGUACCCCCCA